AUGGCGACCGCAUCCGUCCACCGCUCGCCAGGCUUCGACUUUUCCAACGAGAUCCGAAACACCUUCCUCUCCCAGCGGGGCGUGCCCCUCCCAAAGGCGACCAGCACGGGCACGACCAUCGUCGGCUGCCUCUUCAAAGACGGCAUCGUGCUCGGCGCAGACACGCGCGCGACGGAGGGCCCGAUCGUCGCGGACAAGAACUGCGAGAAGAUCCACUUCAUCACAGACUCGAUCCGGUGCUGCGGGGCGGGCACCGCGGCAGACACCGAGUUCACGACCGCCAUGAUCUCCUCCAACAUGGAGCUGCACGCGCUCUCCACCGGGCGCAAGCCGCGCGUGGUCACCGCCAUGACCAUGCUCAAGCAGUAUCUCUUCCGACACCAAGGGCAGGUCGGCGCGGCGCUCGUUCUGGGCGGCGUCGACGCUACAGGGCCGCACCUGUUCACCAUCCACCCGCACGGCUCGACAGACAAGCUUCCCUACGUCACCAUGGGCUCCGGUAGUCUGGCCGCCAUGGCCGUCUUCGAGGCCGGCUGGCGGCCAAACAUGGAGCGCGCAGACGCCCUCAACCUCAUCACCUCCGCGAUCACCGCGGGUAUCUUCAACGACCUCGGCUCCGGCUCGAACGUCGACGCCUGCGUGAUCACCGCCUCGCACACCGAAAUGCUCCGCAACUUCGUCAAGCCCAACGAGCGCAGCGAGCACAUCCGGCAGAUGGUCGUCGAGGAGGACGUCACCGUCACAGGCGCGGGCGCGGGCGAGGCGAUGGACACGAGUUGA